GUUCCAUUUGUCGAUCUAAAAGUACAACACGAGAUUUUUAAAUAGACGAAACUAACGCGAAGAGAGCACAUAUAAGAAAACAGUCAGGCGGAUGAUAGCGGUGAAGUGAAAGUGAGACUGGUUGUAAAUCAAUUUCAUAAAUUUUUCAAGAACGUAAUUUUAAGUAAAAAGUUCCUGUAGACUGAAGAAAUGUUGCUGACAAGAACCUCGCUAAUCCGCUCUGCCGUAAGAUCGAAUUUUAUAUUAAGAUGGAAGGACUAUUCCACGAAAGUGGAAUAUAAACCUAUUCGUAGUGUUUUAGUGGCAAAUAGAGGAGAAAUAGCAGUGAGGGUUUUUCGUGCUUGUAACGAAUUAGGUAUUAAAUCGGUGGCUAUAUAUUCAAAAGAAGACAGAGCGCAUAUUCACAGACUAAAAGCAGACGAAAGUUACUUGGUAGGUGAGGGUUUACCCCCCGUAGAAGCAUAUUUAAACAUUCCAGAAAUAAUAAAUGUAUGUAAAGACAAUGGAAUCGAUGCCGUCCAUCCGGGAUAUGGUUUCCUUUCUGAGAGAUCAGAUUUCGCUCAAGCUGUCAUCGAUGCUGGUAUCCGAUUUAUCGGUCCUUCUCCGAAGGUUGUUCAUCAAAUGGGGGAUAAAGUGGCUGCUAGAGAAGCAGCAAUCGCAGCGGGAGUUCCAAUUGUACCUGGUACGGACGGUCCUGUAACAUCAUCGGAAGCAGCCAAAGAUUUUUGUAACAAACACGGACUCCCCGUGAUUUUCAAAGCAGCGUACGGCGGAGGCGGAAGAGGAAUGAGAGUCGUAAGAAAAAUGGAAGAAGUCGAAGAGAGUUUCAAUAGAGCUUCGUCGGAAGCCAAAAGCGCCUUCGGAAAUGGAGCCAUGUUCAUAGAAAAAUUCAUCGAAAGACCUCGACACAUCGAAGUUCAACUAUUAGGUGACAAAGCCGGUAACGUAGUCCAUCUAUACGAAAGGGAUUGUUCGGUGCAAAGGAGACAUCAAAAAGUCGUCGAAAUGGCCCCCGCGCCGCAUUUAGAUCCGAAAAUACGAGACAGGAUGACGGAACUCGCCGUUAAAUUAGCCCGCCACGUCGGUUACGAAAAUGCCGGUACCGUCGAAUUUCUAUGCGACGAUAAGGGAAAUUUUUAUUUUAUAGAAGUAAACGCUAGAUUACAAGUUGAACAUACCGUUACCGAAGAAAUUACCGGUAUCGAUUUGGUGCAGUCGCAAAUUAAAAUAGCCGAAGGAAUGACCUUACCCGAACUGGGAAUCACCCAAGAAAAAAUAAAACCCAGCGGGUUUGCCAUCCAAUGUCGCGUCACCACCGAAGACCCCGCUAAGAAUUUCCAACCCGACACCGGUAGAAUAGAGGUAUUCCGUUCUGGUGAGGGUAUGGGUAUACGUCUAGACGGAGCGUCAGCUUUUGCCGGAGCCAUAAUUUCGCCUUACUACGAUUCCCUGCUCGUUAAAGUGAUAUCUCGUUCGAAGGAUUUGGCGAGCUCCUGCGCCAAAAUGACGAGAGCCCUAAGAGAAUUUCGAGUUAGAGGCGUUAAAACGAACAUACCAUUCUUGUUGAACGUACUUGAAAAUCAAAAAUUUCUCAACGGAUCGGUCGAUACGUAUUUCAUUGACGAGAAUCCGCAACUGUUCAAAUUUGCACCUACCAAAAAUCGCGCUCAAAAACUAUUGAAUUAUCUGGGAGAAGUUUUGGUGAACGGUCCUCAAACGCCAUUAGGUACUUCAUUGAAACCGGCCGAUAUCAGACCGCACGUUCCCGCCUCUUCAAAAGAGUACCUGUCCACCAAUCCAGAGCAGAAUCCAAGCGUUCAACCACCGAGAGGAUUCCGACACAUUUACAAAGAACAAGGACCGGAAGCAUUCGCCAAAGCAAUACGUAACCACAAAGGACUUCUGCUCAUGGAUACGACAUUCCGUGAUGCCCAUCAAUCAUUAUUGGCGACUCGAGUACGUUCUCACGAUCUUUUGAAAAUCUCGCCGUUCGUUACUCACAAUUUUAGUCGAUUAUAUUCGUUGGAAAAUUGGGGCGGAGCGACGUUCGACGUGGCGCUAAGAUUCUUACACGAAUGCCCAUGGGAGAGACUCGAAGAAAUGAGAAAAAUGAUACCAAACAUUCCGUUUCAGAUGCUCCUUAGAGGAGCCAAUGCCGUUGGAUAUACCAAUUAUCCUGAUAACGUUGUUUACAAAUUUUGUGAUUUGGCGGUGAAAACCGGUAUGGAUAUAUUCAGAGUAUUCGACUCUCUGAACUAUUUACCUAAUUUAGUUGUGGGAAUGGAUGCGGCGGGUAAGGCAGGAGGAAUCGUAGAAGCAGCCAUUUCUUAUUCGGGUGACGUUAGUGAUCCGAAUAAGAAAAAAUACGAUCUGAAAUAUUAUUUGAAUUUAGCCGAUGAAUUAGUAAAAGCCGGUACUCACGUUUUGGCUAUCAAAGACAUGGCUGGUUUGUUAAAACCGAAAGCAGCUAAAAUAUUAGUUUCCGCUAUAAGAGACAAAUAUCCCGAUCUUCCGAUCCAUAUUCAUACUCAUGAUACGAGUGGUGCUGGGGUUGCUGCCAUGUUAGCUUGCGCCGAAGCCGGCGCGGACGUUGUAGAUGUCGCAGUCGAUUCAAUGUCCGGUUUAACUAGUCAACCGAGUAUGGGAGCUGUAGUAGCAAGCUUACAGGGUACUGAACACGAUACUGGCUUAAAAUUGCCGAUGAUUUCCGAAUAUUCGGCGUACUGGGAACAAACUAGGACAUUGUACGCUCCGUUUGAAUGUACAACGACGAUGAAAAGCGGUAACGCGGAUGUGUAUAAUAACGAAAUUCCCGGUGGACAGUACACCAAUUUGCAAUUCCAAGCAUAUUCUUUAGGAUUAGGAGAUUUCUUCGAAGAUGUGAAGAAAGCCUAUGCGGAAGCCAACAUACUUUUAGGUGAUAUAAUAAAAGUAACGCCUUCUUCGAAAGUAGUAGGGGAUUUAGCUCAAUUCAUGGUACAGAAUAAAUUAAGUACGCAAGACGUUUUGGACAAAGCCGAAGAAUUAUCGUUUCCGAAAUCGGUAGUUGAGUAUCUUCAAGGACACAUCGGGCAACCUUAUGGCGGUUUUCCCGAACCCCUCAGAUCUAAAGUUUUAAGGGAAAUGCCCCGAAUCGAAGGCAGACCAGGCGAAAGUCUUCCACCAUUAAAUUUCGAUAAUCUAUCGAAAGAUAUAAAAGAAAUGUUUCCGAAUGCUACAGACAAAGACGUUAUGUCAGCAGCUCUAUAUCCUCAAGUAACCAAAGAAUAUUUAGCUUUCAACGAAAAAUACGGACCGGUAGAUAAACUAGAUACUAGAAUAUUCCUUGUGGGACCUAAAGUGGGUGAAGAAUUCGAAGUAACCAUAGAAAAAGGAAAAACCUUGGGAAUAAAAACGUUAGCCGUAGCCGAGGAUUUAACGGAAAAUGGGGAAAAGGAAGUUUUCUUCGAAUUAAACGGUACUUUGAGAUCGGUUUUGAUCAGAGACAAAGCCGCCCGACAAGAGAUGCAUCUUCAUCCGAAAGCCGAUAAAUUAAAUAAACAACAAAUAGGUGCUCCGAUGCCGGGUACCGUUAUUGAUAUAAGAGUGAAAAUUGGCGAGAAAGUGGAAAAAGGAACGCCGUUGGUAAUUUUAUCAGCGAUGAAAAUGGAAACCGUAGUCCAGAGUCCGGUAGCCGGUACAGUUAAGACGAUAGACGCAACCAUGGGAAUGAAAUUAGAAGCCGAAGAUUUAAUUAUUACAGUAGAAUAGUGAAUGAAUUAGAUUUAUGUAUUUAUAAAGUGUGAUCUAUUAGAAACGAAAACAUGAUCAGUCCAUGAACCAUAUCAGGGUCAUAGGAAAAGUAUUUAACCGUUAUGUUGGUAACUGGAUAAUCGAGGUAUAUUUUUUAUGAAUAGUAGAAAAUUCAAUAUUUUAUUUUACGUUCUCGAGUCGUCGUUUUUUAGCUUAAAAAAACUAAUCGUGUGAUUAUCCAACUUUUAUUUUUCACUCAUUGCAUUGCAUUCAGUGGAUUGCAAAAACAAAUGUGUUACAUAUAUUGGGUUGGCGACAAAGUAAUAACGGUUUUGUAGUAAAAAAUAAAACAAAGAUUAGUUUUUUAUCAAUUAUAUAUUUUCCAUUGCGAUUAAAUGUUAUGUACCAACGAAGUCGGUUUGUUAGCGCAAUCCCCACAAGAAAAAGUCCAUAUAUGUUAAAUCGGGAUUGCGUGGAGUCUAACUUAUGUCACCUCUACUAGAGAUCAAUUUGCCAAGAAAAAUUUCACGAUGUCGUGGUAAAGAUCCAUUGGACGUGCGUGAACUUGUCUCCUUCCUGCUGGAACCAUCAAAGUUUUGUAGUUCAGCCUCGAAAAAUUCGUCUAACAUCGGUUCAUAACGCUUUGAAUAUAAUGAAAUAUGCAAUCUCUAAAAAGUAAGAGCAUAUAAUUCUUAGCGCUCGCAUCCCAGCCCAUAAGGUCACUUUAGGCGAUUAUAAGGGUGGUGUUUUGAAUUUCUACCUCUCCAACAGCGGCUAAUUUACUUGUUGACCUGUCCAUUAACAUAAAAAUGAGCUUUAUCCCAAAACAAGAUGUUGGUAAACGUAGGAAAACGCUUAAUCGGCUGGUUCACGAAGUCGACCAGCAUCAAUUCUGGUACCAACUGAAUUUUGUAAGGUUGCAACUCUAAAUAUUUGUAUAAAUGCGAAAUUAUAAUGAUCUACACACGUUUAAAGCAACAGCACGCUUACACAUAAACAAGUCGAGCGUUCUAGAAGACCUUGGAUGCUCCGACUUUUUGUUUUGUUUAUACUAAACACACCGUUUACACUACGACUACUACACCCACACUCACAAUUACACUGUUUGAUAUGCGUUUCGAUAAUCAAGUUAUCGUCUUCAGAGACUGAAAGAAAACACUCUUCCUUCAGUCUCUGAAGACGAUAAUUUGGUUAUCGAAACGCAUAUCAAACAGUGUAAUUUUGAGUGUUUGUGUAGUUGAGUAUGAAUAUCACCAACGGUUCCAAAAAUUCCAAUUCAGUCGGAUUUUGGUUUGUCCAGUGCUGCUCUGGUUUUUUAAACGUCUCGACUUGGACUUGGAGCAUAUUGCAAAUAACUCACGCACGGUUCCACUUCCAGAGCCAUGAUACAGUCUGAUAUUCCGCCCGCUCCUCCGAAUAGUUGCGUUCACGCAAUAAUCGGUGAAUUUUUUUUAAGACACCUUGUAUUUCACCCAUGCAAAUCCACCAUACUUAGUUGAUUUCUAUGGUAUAUACUGAGUGAAUUUAGUAUGGUGACGAUGAGGAUAAUUGUUCAUCGAUUGUCAAGUUUCUGUGGGUAUCAGGUAUCCGCCUACUAAAAGACGGUAAAGUUGGUUACUAACAAAAGGGUUACACGUCAUUUAUUUAUGUAUGACACAACUUUAUCUAUGUCGUAUGUAUGACAUACCUUGAGAGGUUAAAGUCCACGUCGUUCAGAAAAUGAACUACGUACAUUACCAUGUGAAGCGCGGCGUUUUGACAACAUUGAUUCAUGAUAUAAAACGGAAAUCAAACGAAAACUUAUUUAUGCUUAAUAUUAUAACAUUUUUGUUAUGUUAAAAAAUGGUGGGAAAUUUUUUUGGUCGUUCGAACCACCCAAAUUAAAAUUGACUACAUCACUAAAAUCCUAGUCUUUUGUAAGUAAACAUUAAUCCCACCGUAUAUAAUGUCAUUUUAAUAAAUUAUGAUUAAUUUUAGUUGAAAAGACUCAACAUCAAUAUUGGCUGUGUUGUUAAAAACACUUUUCUAUUUCUUUAUUUACUUUACAGAGUGUUGAAAAUAUUGUUAUAUAUACAUGUUCAAUUUUUAUAAUUUCAAAUUUUAGAUUGUUCUGUUUUCGACUAUUUGUUUAUAUAAAAUAUAUUUUUUUAAAA